CCCUCCGCCCUCCACCCUUCAAAAUCAGGAAGCGAUUUUAAUUCAAAUAAAUCCCUCCUCCCUUCCAAGAUUCUCGCUUACUCCGGAAUCCCCCAAACAUUUCAAUGGCGUUUCGGAAAUUGAUCUACAAGCGUCUCUCCCUCGGCGGCAGCCGAUCCCCCUCGCCGGCCGUCGACCACCCGCCCAAACCCACCGUUCUCCGAGAUUCCGCCACCGCCGCCGCAGAGGGCGGAGUCAAUUCCCAUUCCAAUUCCAGGCGCUUCUAUCACCGGACGGCGCUGAGAAACCACUUGCCGUAUUUCCUCUCCUUUCCCGUUGGCGAGAAGCUGAGGGAGCAGCUCCGCCUCGUCAACUUCGCCGACAACCGGCUUCAGCUCACCGGACUCAAUCCUCCGCCGAGCGAGCACCGUGGAUUUUCAAUUGAGGAGGCGAGGAAGAUCUUGAGGCUCAAUCAGAUGGAGAAGCUAAAAGCGAGGCUGAGGAAGAUCCCGGCGAGCUCGAUCCCGUUGCCGGAGUUCGCCCAGAUCUGCGUCCAGGAAUGCGGGAAGAACGAAGAGCAAGGCGCCGAGUUCGCCAAAACGCUCGACCGGGCAGGAAACGUCAUCGUUUUGGGCAACAUCGUCUUCCUUAGACCCGCACAGGUAGCUAAAUCGAUGGAGAUCACAAUCUCGCAAUCAAUAGGGGUCCAGAACGAUCCAAGGAGGAGAGCGCUGGAGGAGAUGGAGAAGCAGAAGGCCGUGAUCGACGAAAGGGCCAGAGCCCAAGUCCGGGCCGAGCUGUACUGUGGGCUGGGCUAUUUGACGGCCCAAACUGUGGGGUUCAUGAGGCUGACGUUCUGGGAGCUGAGCUGGGACGUGAUGGAGCCCAUUUGCUUCUUCGCGGCCUCGGUCCAUUUCGGGCUGGCCUAUGCGUUCUUCCUGAGGACGUCCACGGAGCCCACAUUCGAGGGUUACUUCCGCAGGAGGUUUCAGGGCAAGCAGAAGAAGCUGAUGAAGCUUCAGGGCUUUGACCUGGAGAAGUAUGAGCAACUCUGUCGGGCUUUUGAACAUUCGAGAUGUGGGUAAUAUGGGGAUUUCGCCUCUGGAAACUGUAACCGUGGAGAAGAGCUUUGUGGGGUCAGGUGGCAUGACCUUAGAGAGAAAAAACUUACAUGGACUUGACAAAUAAUGAAAGUAGAAGAUAGUGACGAAAAUGGAAUAUUUGAGUAUGGGAAGUACUGGAGCUAGAAGUCAUUUCUUUUUGGGAUUAUCUUGGUCAUUGUAAAUUGAUGGGAUUUUUUUUUUUUUGUUAACAUCCUGCUUAUAUUUGGAUUAAUUAGUACUCAAGUGGUCAAAUCCUAGAUGAUUAAAAAGGACCGCAUCCAUAUAUGUUGUAUCUAAAUA